CAUAAACAAUGUUUUCUUCUUCUUUAUUAGACAAAAAAAAAUGCUUUCUUUCAUUCUUUUUUACUGAGCACGAAAGUUGGUUAAGAUUUAUGAGUAGGUCAUAUAUCAAAUCGUUAAUCAUUAGUUUUUGGAAGAUCAUUGUGGUCAUAUCGAACAACAGAAAUGCUUUUCUGUUUUUAUUUCUCUUGGAAGGUCCAAAUCAAGAGAAUGAUCUAUCAGGCUCUCACGAAAAGCAACAUAUAUUUAUGAUAAAUAUAUAUCCACAUGAUUUUUUGGUCUUAUUUUAUUUUGGGAAGGCCGGCUUUACGUCACCAGCUCAAUCUGGGAUGAUGGCAGGACUAAACCUUUCUUUGGCUGAGUUCUCUUUCUUUGGAUCCAUAUUAACAAUUGGUGGACUUGUGGGAGCCGCGUUGUCCGGAAAACUCGCUGAUCUCCUUGGUCGGAGAGGCGCUUUAUGGGUUUCAAACUCGUUUUGCAUGACCGGCUGGCUUAUGAUCGCCUACUCUCAGGCGGCUUGGUCCCUUGACAUCGGAAGACUUUUUCUCGGCGUUGCAGCUGGUUUAUCUUGUUAUGUGGUACCAGUCUACAUUGUAGAAAUCUCACCCAAACAAAUCAGAGGCGCGUUUACUGCGGUUAAUGCGCUUGUGAUGUCUUCUAGCGUCUCCAUUACAUUCCUCGUUGGAUCAGCCACUUCAUGGAAAACAUUAGCUCUCAUAAGUACGGUUCCUUGUGUUUUAGAAUUCGUUGGUUUAUUCUUUAUACCGGAGUCUCCUAGGUGGCUGUCUAGAAAUGGUCGGGUAAAAGAAUCGGUAGCUGCACUCCAACGUCUGCGAGGAAACAACACUAAUAUCACCAAAGAGGCUGCAGAAAUCAAAAUAUACAUGGAAAAUCUUCAAGAAGAAUUCAAAGAAGAUUGCUUUUUCGAGCUCUUCAAACCACGAUACUCUCGUGUUAUUAGUGUGGGAAUUGGAUUGCUAGUACUGCAACAAGUCGGAGGCCUCAGUGGCUAUACAUUUUACAUGAGCUCGAUAUUUCACAAAUCGGGGUUUCCUAACAACAUAGGAGUAUCAAUAACGAGCGCGGUGCAGUUGGUGACAAGCAUUUUAGGAUUAAUAAUCGUGGAUAAAUAUGGGAGACGGUCCCUUCUAACGGUUGCGACGGUCAUGAUGUGCAUGGGGUCAUUAAUCACAGGACUAUCGUUUUUAUUUCAGAGCUAUGCUUUACUCAACAACUACACCCCAAUUUCAGCACUCAUUGGAGUGUCGGUUUUUUUCGUUUCCAUCACAGUCGGAAUAGGAGGUAUUCCAUGGGUCAUGGUCUCCGAGAUGACACCGAUAAAUGUAAAGGGAUCGGCAGGAACGCUAUGCAAUCUAACGAGCUGGUCCUGCAAUUGGUUCGUCUCCUACACAUUCAACUUUCUCUUCCAAUGGAGUACUUCUGGUGUGUUUUUCAUAUAUUCAAUAAUCUCUGGUUUGGGCAUUCUAUUUGUGCUGAAAAUGGUACCAGAGACUCGAGGUCGUUCACUCGAAGAAAUCCAAGCUGAUAUUACCCGAUAAUUUAAUUUGUACGUAGUAAUAUUUCUUUUUAUUUGGUAUCCAGUUCAUAUAGCAUAAAUGGUCUCACUUAUCAGUCAAUUCAAUCCUCGUCUGGCCAUAAUUAAAUAUGCAUAAUUUGCACAUAUACCACCAAACAAUUGGUUGGUUCUUUUUUUUUUUGUAAGGUCGAUUGAUCCAGUUUAUGUAUGGUUCUUUUUUUUUUAAGGUUGAUUGGUGCAUU